AUGACUGAUCUGAAACCUGAUCUCAAAGUACAAGUUGUCAAACCGGAGCCAAAACACACCGUCGAUACAACGCCAGUGCCGCCGACCACUGGACACACAUUAGACCAGAAAUAUAUUGAGAUUUCCGAUACGAGUAGUGAUGAAAACAGUGGACUUGAAAUAGUGGCUGAAUAUCUGCGCCACAAUUGCGGCCAACCAUUGACCAGACAUACGACUGACGGCCAGUGCCUGCCAUUAGCUGAGUCUAAAGUGACAGUCAGUGUUGAUAUCAAAACAGUGACACCGGCGGAGACACUUCAGGCACCCAUUCCUAUGGAUACUACAGUAGCUGAUGAUAGACUGAGCCCAGCCUCUGCUUCCCAUCCAAACAAUGGUUUGGACUCUGAUCUCAAAGUAAUAAACACAAUACCGGAGCCCAAAAGCGCGGCUCAUAUAAAGCCACUGACAAUCAUUAAGGAGACACUACAGCCACUCAUUCAGACCUUUCCUAUGGACACUACAGUGGCUGAUGAUAGACCAGUAGUGCCCACGACUGCCCUACCGGUGCACUCAAUCACUGAUCCAAACAACAGCGAUAGGGCCGUUGGUUUAGCACAAAUGGAUGCUCACAUCGACAGCAGGUGGGCCGCCUAUAGCGCCGACGUUAAGCCACUGAUCGGCGCUGAGAGCGAUACUGAUAGUAUGUCUUAUUUCCCCUCCACUGACCAAACUCUGAUCGAUGUUAAGCCUCUGCUAACGUAUCCGAGUCUACAGACAGUGUCUGUUAAUGAAGAGACAGUCGGCGUAAACAGAAAUGGGGGCCAAGAAGUGGCGGUAGAGUCAAAAACGAUGUAUGAAUACAAAUGCGAUUUCAAGGGCUGUUACGCUAUGUUUGGCACCGAAGAGAUACUCGAGAAGCAUAAACACGUCCACCAAUACCUGUGCCCAUACUGUCAGUGCGAGCGUAGGUUUGAGUCCGAACGGCUUCCCGAAGAUUAUCGGCUCAAAGCGGUAGACAUACCGGUGCCGCCCAUUCACGGCCACAUACCGGUGGCCAUCAACGCGAGCGAUCAUUUCGCAAAUGAUUUACAGGUGUUGAGCGCCGAACCAUUGACUGAGCCGUUGUCACAGCCGGUGCCGGACUUUCCGGAUGAGCCCAACACAUGCCAUAUGAACGCAAUCGCGAAAACGAGUGAAACAAAGAGUCGCAAACGUGUCGGUAAUGGCAGUAAAGUGGAGGCCAAACGGCGGUCGUCGCGGCGCCUAAAUCACCACAAACUGGACACCAAUGCUCUCGCGCUCCGGAUCUCUGCCGCCGAUAAUGACACCGAAGUCGAGGAUAGCAGUCAAGUCAAGGCCGACGAGAGCACCGAUAGUCCACAUAUUAGGCCAACGUUUGGGCCGAAGACAGUAUCACAGAUUGACAGCACAUGUAUGACUACAACGGACUCUACUUUAGAGCCAAACACUGAUGUGUCCGCAACUCAUCCCAGUCUACAGACAGUGUCUGACCAGACAUUGGCCACAGAAAUGGGCGCACAAUUGAUAGCACCGCCGGUCGACAGUAACCAAUGCGGUCUCAGCUCUCAAACACUAAAUGAUAAGGCAUUCAAUUGUAAGGAAACAAAUGGCGACAAUAGAGUGAUUACAAAACGGUCUCUAAUUAAACACAAAUUUAUUCAUUCGGGGAAAAAAUCAUAUAUUUGUGAUGUCAAAGAUUGCAACAAAAGUUUCUCACACCAAUCAAAUUUAAUGAGACACAAACGCAUUCAUUCGGGAAAAAAGCCAUACGUUUGUGAUUUCAAAGAUUGCACGAAAGGUUUUUCAUCCAGCUCAAAUUUAAUCAGACACAAGCGCAUUCAUUCGAGAAAAAAGCCAUACAUUUGUGAUUUCAAUAAUUGCAAUAAAAGUUUCUCACAACAAUCGAGUUUAAUGAGACACAUACGCAUUCAUUCGGGAGAAAAACCAUACAUUUGCGAUUUCAAAGGUUGCACGAAACGUUUUUCAUACAACUCAAAUUUAAUCGACCACAAGCGAAUUCAUUCGGGAGAAAAACCAUACAUUUGUGAUGUCAAAGAUUGCACGAAAGGUUUUUCAUCCAGCUCAAAUUUAAUCCAACACAAGCGAGUUCAUUUGGGAGAAAAACCAUAA